AUGAAUACCAAUAGCAAUAAACGCAAAAAUCGCCCUGGUGGCGUAGGACGAUACGUGACCGACAAUCGUCAAUUGCAACAACAUCAGCAACAUUCAAAUAAAGGACGUACGCAGGCACAGGGAGUGUAUAAGAACACUCAUUUCAUUCACGCGGCCACAUCGUUAGUUGGCAGUCUUGUUCAAGUUCGUUUACGCUCGGGUAAUAUUUACGAGGGCGUAUUCCACACUUUCUCGCCAAGUUUUGAUGUAGCUCUGGAACUACCAUUAUGCAUUAAAACAAAUAAAAAUGAGGAUGAGGGUAAACAUGUCCCGAAUCACAUGAUUUUUCCUUGUGAUACAGUAGUGAAUAUAUCGGCAAAAGAUUUCGAUUCUCGUUAUGCCACAACGAGAACUUUUGCAACGGACGGGGCCAUCUCUGAAAAAUUCAAUGGUAUUCGAUUUGAGGAGAAAGAGCUGGAACCAUGGGAUGCGUCUGGUAUGAAUGGGGAUGUUGACAUUGAACUAGACGGCGCCGCUAAUGGUUGGGACCCAAAUGAUAUGUUUAGGCAAAAUGAACAUGUUUUUGGAGUUCAGUCAACAUUUGAUGAUUCGUUAUCUUCAUACACUGUUCAACUUGAUAAAGUAGAUUCUGAUGAAUUUAAAGAAGCGGAGGCCAAGGCCGAGAAGUUAGCUGCAGAAAUCGAAAACAAUCCUAUCUACAGAGAGCGUGUUGAUUUAGAGAACGGGGAUGAGGAGACUCUAUUCGCUGCAGUGGAACGACCGAGUAGCGAAAUUGACCGUGAACGUGAAAGAGAACGCGAUUUGGAACGUGAACGAGAGCGGGAACGCGAACGGGAGAGAGAAAAGGAAAGAGAGCGAGACCGGGAACGUGAACGGGAUCGUGAACGAGAACAACGAGAUAGAGAACGCGAUCGCGAACGUGAUGAUCGAGAACGGAGCAAACGUCCGGGUACAAGCGCGUACGAUCAUCGGGAAAUUGUGGCUGAACGAUAUAUAACAAAACCAACCCGUAGUAUAACCGGUCCGCCACCGCCUGUUGCUAUGGCAUCCACCAAUUCAACCUCUUCGACCGUAUCUUCACAAACCAGUGGCAAUGGUCCAACUCAACGUGGCCAUAUAGAUCGCGGAUGUAGUGUCAGUAGCGGAGGUAACAUUGAUAUGAUAGGCGGCGAACGCAUGGUAAAUGCACCGGCUUCCGUAAGUAUGGGUCAGCCGCAACCAGCUCAGCAACAGCCAACCAGCUCAAUACAAUCGUCAUCCAGUGGUAUGGCAGGAGGCAUAAAAAAUACAUCGUCAUUACCUCUGUCAUCAAACACUGGAAUUGUCAGCGGAUCAGAUGGUGGCAACAAAUAUGGCGGCAGUUCAAUGAUGAAGCGCAAAACAGUCCCACAGGGUAAACAAAUGUUGCGCAAUGCACCAAUAUCCAAUAAUUCUAACACCCAAUCGGGCGUUGGUGGCAGCGGUGGUAACAUGGCUCAAGGGAAUAGUGGAAGUCAGUCGAGUGUUGGUGGGGGCAAAGUUGGCAAUUAUCAACCAAUGCCAAUUCAAAACCAAGCACCUAUGCAAAAUUAUCCACAAAUAAUUCAUGGGUCGUCACAAUAUAGGAACCAGCAGCACAUUGGCGGACCAUCAAAGGUAAAUGGGGACUCAAACCCGAACUCGGGAAAACCGAUGCCGCACCGUAAUAUGCGUCAGUAUCAGAGUACUCAAACAAAUUCUCCAUUAAACUACAACGAUUCGCACAACCAGGUUUCAAUGGUUAAAUCACAUGGCCCUCCUCACGGCCAACAACAAAUUGGUGGUCCCUUGGGAGUUAACAAUAGCACUUCACCCCCCUUACAAACUGGUGGCGGUCCCCACAAUCAUCCACAGUCUCAAUUAGUGAUGGCAGGACCACCUAAUCAACCACCACCUCAGCCACAGCGCCAAAUGCGGAAUCAAAUGCAAGACUUAAGGCAAUUUGCACAAGAUUUUCAGUUAUCGAAUAGUACAUCAACGUCGCCGCCCCAACAUUCACAGCAAACGCAACCCUCACUUCAGCAGCAACAGCAACAUCUGAAUUUGGGUAAAGUACCGGGUCACCAACCACAACCUUCGGUUUCGCCGCCACAGCAGCCUCAACAAGUAAUUGUGCAGCAACAGCAAACGCAGCCGCAUUUAAAUAUGCAGCAUGUGCAACAACAGCAUCACAAUCAACAUCAUGCGUCGUCGCCUCAACAAACACAACAGCAGCAUUACGUACCGUCACAUUUGACGCAACAACAGCAAGCACAACAGCAUGGGCCCUCACAUGCACAGCAGCAGUCGCAGUCGCAGCAGCAAAAAGGACAUUUGCAACAACAACAACAGCCUCCGUCUAUGCAGCAACAUCAACAUCAGCAACAACUGCCGGCCCAACCGGCAACGCCUUUGACACAGGAGCCACCACAGCAUCAAGCUCAGCAGCAGGGUAUGUAUCAUGUGUCGCCGCCACAGCAGCAACCUGCGCAACCGUCACAAUUACAGCAGAGCUCUCCGCCGGUGGCGGACACCCCACCACAGCAGCAUCAGCAACAGCAAGCGGCACAACAAGUGAAUAAGAUGGAGGCACCACCAAUGGCAACAGUCACACCGGUCAGCAACACGUCACCCAACAGCGCAUCAGAUAAACUGUCCACGGCUCCUGGCGCUGCUGCAUCGUCCACAGCGACCAGCAGUGCUACUGCGACUGGUACAACAACUGUUAAAAAGACACACGUCUUAAAUCCUUCGGCGAAACCGUUCACACCACGAAGCCCCAGUACCCCGAAUCCAUCACGUCCACACACCCCUCAAACACCAGUGGCGAUGCAAAACAUCUACACGACUGCUACGCAUGUGCAAGCAGGUAGCCAAACGCCCAUGUAUGUGAUGCAAUCACAACAACCCGCAUUCCAAGCACCAACACAUCCACAGACGGGACAACAACCACGCAUGCGCAGAGGCAACUAUGGACCGAUGGCGGCGUCACAAACUCAUGUUUCAGCAACAACAGCUACCGGGCAACCUUUGCUGGCAGCAGCACCUAUACCACAGUUUAUACAUUACCAACAAACGCCACAUGCGCCACAUUUCCAAUCGCAGCCAUAUGUUAAUGUGCGCAUGUAUGAACCACCACCACAGCAGUUGCAGUUCAUUACGCAAACACCACCAUCAACUACACCGUCGCCAGGACAGCCGCAUCAGACGUUCCAUCCGCCACCACAACCUUCCCCUGCUGGCGGGGGCCCACAACCAACAUUCGCGCCGCAAACACAGCCUAUGUACCCAGUCGUGUAUCCCGUAUUACAUUCGACACAGAUCAUGCCGAAUCACUACUAUUCGACGACGCCACAGCAUCCACAACAAACACAGCCCUUUCAAAUACUGAUGCAACAGCAUCCAGCGCAGUAAAUGUUUACAAAACAACAACAACAAAACGAAACACAUAUUUAUCAUAAAACAGCGAGGGAGCGUCACGCGGUGGAUACAAGAAGAAGUACUGAAAAUGUGAAAUGGGAGGAGGGAUGAAGUCAUGCUGCGGCUGAUUAUGAGCAUUCAUAUUACAUACUAUAGAAAAGUAUAAGAAGUAAAUAGAUGCGACUUAUGUUGUAAAUACUGCAAAGCAACAUCUGCCAACAAUAAUAACAAUAAAACCAUUGCUUUURUGCAAAAAAAUUACAAACUCAUAAAAUAUAUGAAUACAAAUAAUAAUAAUAAUAUAUUAGAAAUUCGUCAAUGGUGAGAAUCUAUAUGUACAUAUGUGUAACGUUUCCAUGGUUGCAAGAAGUUUUUCUGAAUUUUGUAAAACUAACGUCUUAGCAAGGUAUUAAUAUUUUGCUAUCAUAAUUUGACUUUAAGGCAAAUUAAAAUAUAUUUUGCAAUUUAACUAGAUGCCCUUACUUGCCUUCUUUAAACUUAAAUAUUGAAAAUUAUUUAAUAGAAUGAAAAUAAUAUGAGAAUUAUCCAUAAAAUCUAACAUGCAACUAUUUGUGGCAUGUUUGUUGUCAUCCAUGGUAGAAAAUAGGGACGAAAUGUAAAAUGCAUUUCAUAUUGUUAUUGUUGCUGUCAUCGAUGUUGCUGUAUUGCAUAGCGGACAUAAAAAAAAAAGCGGAAGGAAAAAAAUUAAAAAAAAAAACAACAAAAAUUUCUAUGAUGCAAAUUAAACGUAUAAAAAUAAAAGCAAUGAAAUGCAAAAACAAUUGCGCGAUUGGAACCGUUAUACAAAAUCGCUUAAAAUAGCGCAAUCGGAAGACGUGUAUCGACUUAGGUAGAACUUUGCGUCUAACGCAAUCAAAGUCGGCAGGCGACUUGCCACAUGCCGCAUUACUUUCGUUCGUGCAUAUCUUCUCCAUAUAUUUUAAUAUCUCCGUGUGUUUUAUUGAUUUGCGUACAGAGUUUUUGUUUUUGAAUUCGAAUUGUAUUACUUUCUUAUGUUAUACGUCCGAUUGAUGCGUUUUCACAUCAAACUAAAACAAGCAAUGGAUAUUUUUCAAAGAAUAAUAAUAUUGAUUUCUUCUGAAAUCCUUUGCGAAUCAUUCCAUGUCAAAUAACAAAUACUUUUCUAGUACUUUUUUGAACACAGCGCGAAAAGUAUUUGUAGUGUUCGAAAGGAAAACAUUAAUUUGAUCACGUAUUUUCCAAUAAAAAAUAAAACAUUUGCUUGUAUGCACAUUAGUAGUAACAAUAUAAA